GUUCAUACCACAAUCUCGCCUUUUAUUUAUUAGUUUUUGAUCAAUUGAGAAAAACAUGGGAAAGAAGGGAAAGCAUAAACAUAAAUAUGGUCAUGUUGGACACCAUCAUCAUGGAAGAUAUCCACCAGGUGCAUAUGCUCCACCGCCCGGAGGGUAUCCCCCUCCAGGAGGAGGAUAUCCUCCUGGAGGAUACCCCCCACUUGGGGGACACCCAGGAUAUCCACCACAUGGAGGACAUCUUCCUCCCGGAGGGUAUCCCCCUCAUGUAGGACACCAUCCACAUGGAGGAUAUCCCCCUCAGGGUUAUCCUCCUCAAGGAUACCCACAAGCAGGUUAUCCUCCUGUUGUCCAACCAAGUGGUUAUCCUCAUGGUGCACACCCUCCAUCUGGUUAUCCUGGAGCUUCUUAUUCGGGGCAUGGUGUUUAUGGACAACACGCCGGUAAAGUUAAGCAUGGGAAGCACGGAAAAUAUAAAGGGAAGAAGGGAAAGAAACGCGGAAUACUAGACAAAAAGAAGUUGUGGUAAUGAUUUACAACUUUAUAUGUUAACUGAAUGAAUAAUUGACACAUUAAGUCUCUAGUUAUGGUUUCUUUUAAAUUCUAUGGAUAAUUCGUACAUUUUAUUUGAGCUUGAGCUUUACUUAA